AUUAUUUCCUUCUACAUGUAACUGAUAUUGUUGACAUGCGCACAAUUAUCAGUCUAUUCAUUAGCUGAUCAUUUGUGGAGAUGAUGGAUUCAGUUGCUGGAGUUGAUUGGUGCUGACAAAAAUUUAUCAAGAGCGUGUAUGACUUCACACAUAAGACCACAAGUGUUCCUUAGACACCGGCUAAAACAUUAAUCAUGGCUUCAAAUUCACAGCUUACAGAGGAGGAGAGAAACCUCAUACGAUUUAACUUGCUAAACUUUAAAGUAUCACCUGACAUUGUAAGGCGAUUCUUUGACGGAGUAUUUCCACCAGCACAAUUAGCCCAAACUAUCAACAGUGGUAUGAAGAAGAUCAUAAAUUUAAAGAACACAAAAAGAAUCAAUGCGGCGCAACUAGAAAUAUUAAUGAGUGUCACAGGAACUAUAUGGCCACCCUAUCUUCCUCCAAUGCCAUUGGGAACAAAACCUUCUUCGUCUAAGGACUUUGAUUUGACAUUGAUGAUUUGUCUGCUGCGCAAUCUAGGAGGUUUAUUAACACCCUCCAAUGGAUGGGAUCAACUUCCGCCUCCGAACGAAACAGCACCAGGAGCAGACUUGGCUACACUAAAGUGGUAUAGAAACCAGUUGGCCCAUAUGACUAUAACGUCUAUGGAUAUAAAUGAAUUUACAGACAAAUGGACGCGAGUUGACAAUUCAUUGACAUCUUUAAAUAAAGGCCAGAGACCAUAUGAAGUCACAGAAAUAUUAAAUUACGAUCUUGACGGAGAACAAGCAAAGAUAUUAGCACACGCAGAACUGACACUACUAAAAAAAGAAUACAUGGAAUGUGAAAAGGAAAAAGAACAGAUAGAAAGUGUUUUAUCUAUUUGCGUUAAGGAAAAAGAACAGAUAGAAAGUGUUUUAUCUAUUUGCGUUAAGGAAAAAGAACAGAUAGAAAGUGAUUUAUAUCACUACAAGGAAGGUAAUCUUCCGAAAAACAUUGCAGAUGCGAAUGCACGUUUGGUUGAAACAUGGCUAAAGGAUGACAAAAGCUUUUAUGAAACUAGGGGAACAGAUUUUGUUUAUAAGAAAGUAAAGGAGUUCACCUGUAUAUUGGUUACAUCAAAUUCAGGAUUAGGAAAGACAGCCACUAUCCGACAUAUUGCUUUAAAACUUCAACAGGCAGGAUUUGAAAUUGUUCCCGAAAAGGAAAGCGAUCAAGCUCUCCCGUUCCCUGUUGACCUUAUAGUAUUAUCAGAAGAUAAUCUAGAACAGGUUUGCCAUUUUCUGGCAUUGCACGGAAAUAUUUGUGGAUAUCCACGUGCAUUUUUAUUGAAUAAUCUGGCUGCAGCAGCAUUGCCACCUUUAACACAAUUAUAA